CGGCCGACACCGCGCAUGCGCCGCGACCCCGCGCCGGGCCCGCCCUCGCCCCCGCCGGGCGUGUGCGUGCCUUGCCGGGGCGGGGCGGGUACAGGGAGGGGCGGUGCCGCCCCAUCGCGGUGGGCGGUGCCGGCCCGAGGCGACAAGAUGGCGGCGGCGGCGGCGCUGAGGGCGGUGAAGGGCGUGCGGCUGGUGGCGGGAGGGCCGAGCCUCGCUUUUACUCGUUCUGCGUUUGUUGCAAAAAGACGUAAUUAUGACCAACCAAACUGGUUUGGAGUCGGCUUGGCUUUUAGCACCUCUGCUGCCUUGUGGGCUCUUCUUUUCAAGCAGCAUAAUGAAGAUGUAAUGGAAUAUGAAAGAAGAAAAAAAGAGGCACAACAUAAGUGUACAGGUUGUUCAUAG